GCUACUUGUUAGGCCGUUCCUAAUCGGGUGAAGUUCUAAUAUAAAUAUUAAUGGUUGGCUCGUAUCCUUAUUGUGUACCGAACUCAGUCGACACAGACAUGUCUCGCUUCGCCCUCCUCGUCCUCGCCCUGCAGGCUUGCCUGCUCCAGAACGUCUACGCCUGCGGCUGCGGUCGCGCCGGCGCCGCUGGCAUCGGCUACGGUCUGGCCGGCCCCGCUGGCAUCGGCUACGGCCUAGCCGGCCCCUACGGCUACGGUGCCGAGAUCGCCGCCCCCUGCGGCUACGGCGCCGAGAUCGCCGCUCCCCUCGGCCUCGCGGCACCCGGCUACGGUAUCGGCUACGGCGCCGGCCCCGCGUACGGUGGCGUCGGCGUCGGCGAGGUGGCCGUGGCCGGUGAGCUGGGAGUGUCCGGCAUCACCGCCGUGGCCGGCCAAGUACCCAUCCUCGGCUCCGUGGAGUUCGGCGGCCUCGUCCCCGCCGCCGGCACCGUCACCAUCACCGGCAGCUGCGCCUGCGGCUGCAACGGCCCCUACAUCUACUAAAUUCCUAACAGGAACUGAAAAUAUACGCCAUGCCGAUGGAAUAUUGACGUGAA